AAAGGCCUAUCAAAAAAGAAAACACACUCCUGUCAAGUCAAUCCCGUCAUCCAUCAGGGCAGAAAAAAUUGCCCCUCCGUCGAGUUCGUCGAAUGCCGUAACUUUUUAUUUUGAAUAUUACUGCCAUUUUUCGCGAGAACUACGAGAUCGGUGAUUGAUCCAAGAUGUCCGGAGUGUUCCGUGUUGGCGUUCGGUUCCUGAACCGGUCGACGAAUUCACUGAUCGACGCUAAAAUCACAUCAGUGAUGCUGAAUCCCGCUUGCAGCAUCUCCGGCAAAACAAUGCGCGGUUCGAAGCUGAGCAAGCCGAAACCGUUCCCGUAUCUGGAGAAAAAGUACACUGCCUUUCAGGCCUGCAAAGAUGUCCUGUUCAAGACUACAACGCACCGAUUCGAUGAGAAUACUAAGGUUGUCGUCGUGGACGGUCCAAUUGCUGCCGGUAAGUCUGCAUUUGCCAAGGAGCUGGCAACCGAACUCGAGAUGAAGUACUUUCCCGAACCAACUAUGGACAAUUACUACAUCAACUCGUAUGGCUACGAUUUGCGCAAAUUGGAUCCGCAAUUGCCAGCAAGUGUGCAAAGCUUUGAUGCGAACAAUUUUCUGCAAAACCCAACCCAUAAGCAAGUGGCCACGUUCCAGAUUCGAAUGUUGAUGCAGCGUUAUGUCCAAUACAUCGAUGCUCUUGCUCAUCUUUUCUCGACCGGCGAAGGGGUCGUUCUCGAUCGUUCCGUUUAUUCGGAUUUCGUAUUCAUGGAGGCCAUGUUCAAGAACGGCUACAUUUCCAAGGGUGCACGAUCAGUGUACUAUGAUAUAGUGAAGAACACUUUUUCCGAGCUGAUGAAACCACAUUUGGUCAUCUACUUGGACGUUCCAGUCAGUAUGGUGAAAGACCGUAUCAAAAAGCGCGGUAACCCGGCCGAGGCCAACUCUAAGGCACUCACCGACAACUAUCUGCAGGACAUUGAGAAAAUUUACAAGCAGCAAUAUCUCAAAGACAUUAGUACGCAUGCUGAAUUACUAAUUUACGAUUGGUCGAAUCACGGUGAAACCGAAGUCGUUGUUGAGGAUAUUGAGCGGAUCGAUUUUGACCGGUUCGACAAAGACGAUUCCCACAUGCGUGACUGGCGUAUGGAAAACGAAGAAGAUUGGACUGAGGCCAGAGCCCGCUACAUGGAGAAUGUGGACUUGAUGAACUACUUCAACGUGCCUCGCUACGAUGUUCCGGAGUUGAUUAUACCUGCUGAAGACUUUAAGGUUUGGUCGGACCUGUGGUUCAAUGCUCCAGGAAUGGAGUUCCGCAAGGGUUACAAUGAUGAAUGCGGCGACGAGGGUAUUUUAACUAAAACUAAACUCGAUAUCCGUGGCAAAUAGGAUCAGUUAUGUUAAAGUCAGAGUUCAAAAUAAUAUUCUUGUGUAAUAGCCUCUAGAAUGAACAAUAAAUUGGAAUCGAAAGGGGCUGUCCAUAAA